GGUUGGUCGAGCCUACGUCUGCAUAAUAAAGUUCACGAAGAAGAAAAGCGGAAGUCUCUACAAAGCAAGAAGAAGAAAAAAGCGGAAGAGCUGCGGUGCGUGGCGCGAAAAAGUUGGGAAGUGGACGACGUCAAUUGUUUGUAAUGUGCACAGUCGUGGAUAAUGGAGAAGUCGUCAUCAUCCUCAGCGAUGACGACGAUGAUGAUGAUGACAUCCUGGAAAUUUCCCUCAGUGAAGCGUCUGUUCUCCUUAUGGAGACGGAAGACGUUCGCAGUAAAGACCUUACGCUGUCUCCCAGUAAGAUAAACGAAGACUUGGUCGUCACCUUCGCCCGACCCGCUGAACUUUUACCGCACGCGCGCUACGACUGCACCAUACACCCUUUCACAGCUUCAGACAACUGUGUGGCUCCUGUUUCUGGGAACCAGAACAAGUGCGAGCAGUGCUUCUGCUAUAUCUGUGACAAGCUGGCGUCGACGUGUGAAAAGUGGCAACUGAGCCAAGUGUGCCACUGCAACAGCCACAAGAAGAGCGACUUCUGGAACGGUCUCCGAAACAGCUUGCUGUUGGGCCAACUGGAGGCCUUCAAGUUCACCCUCUCUGAAAUUGACGACAAACUCCGACAUGCAGAGACGCUGUUGCGGAGCUUCAAAGUCCAACUUAAAGACAACUACACGGUGUUCCUUCACGGCAAGCAUGUGGGCGAUGGCCUUGUACACGACUACACCCCCGUGUACAAGUGCGUGUCAGCGUUCUUGAACGCAGCGGACAAGGAAGACGACAGAGCUGCGGCCGUCAUGAGGCUGGGAGCAGCGGAGGAGUUUAUUCCACACCUCCUACUUGGACGGCUUUCCUCUUGUAAGUCAUCCUCCGCUUUCGUCACCAAUGCCAAAGUGAUGCUAAUGCAAAGGGUGGUAUCGUCGGUGCAGAAGCAGAUGGUGAUGGCUGAUUUCGCACCAGGUUUCUGCCAAAAACUGGAGGAUUUUUACAGAAAGUUGCACUUCCCACCUGAGCUGAGGAACAUGAAGUUGAGCCUGUGUGUGCGUCCUUGGGACGACAUCCUGCUAGUAUCCGUGUUGAAGGGACAAAACGUGCAGGGAGUGCGCACCAACAGAGGAAAAAAGGACUACCUGUUGGAGGACAUGGAUGUGAUUCUGCUGAGGGUGGAACGACUCCUGCAAGAGAACAGGUUCAGAGAGUUGAGCCGCUACCUUCGAGCCGUCCAGACCGAUCAGCCCAAACGCUUCCUGCUGCUGAAGGACCUCAUCCCUUUCUUCAUGUGCUUGGAGGGCAACUUCUCGGCGGUGCUCACGCCUGUUGUCCUGCGAGGGAAUGGGCCCGCCUCGCGCCUCACGCCACAGAUCUUCCAGUGGUACCUCCGCAUGCUCAGCACGGCAACGGCACCCAAGUGGACCAUCAGCCGGACGUGCGAGCUCUGCCCGUUAGUGGACGCGUGGAGUCCAAUCGAAGGUGCGCAGCCACUGUCAUGUUUGGAACUGGUCCGCUUUGCACUCAAUGUGUAUCGAUGCUGCCCGGCUGUCCUCAUGAAUUCUGAAUGUUGGAUCCAUUUGCUUCGUAUUGUCUGUGGGGCAGUCACGAGUCAUCCAGAACCCUCUCCGGGGCUCCUGAAAGAAGCUGUCCAUGUUGUGAAUUCCAUCAUGGACGAGUCCGGCAACAAUGUACAGAUACCGCCUAACUUUGUUUCGCAGUACCAGGAUCAGGCCAUGUUGCUGCUAGUCACCGGAGCACUGGCUCGAGUUAUCGCCUGUCCCGACCUGAAGCCAGUCAUUCCCAUUCUGUGCACCUGUAAGAAAAAACAGUGGGCUCUCCGCUGGCUAUGGAGUAUCCUGCUGCCCAUCAAUAGCCACAAUGUCGUCAUCGCGAAGAUCUAUUACGAGCUGAUAACCCUCAGAGGAAACCCUAAAAAGCAUGUUCCUGACAAGCCUCUGUUUCCUGCCGCCAAGGACUGGGACCACUGCCUGCAGCUGACCGACAUCCUCCCUUUGAUCUUGGCCUUUGAAGGUGACUUCCCCGCAGCGCUCGAUUUAUUCCCGCCAGGGAAUGGACCCGUUUUACGCCUCACACCGCACACCUUCCAGUUUUACUUCCAAAUGUUCAAAACGGCACAUGCACCCAUGUUGGCCUGGUCGCGUACGAGCGAGCUCUGCACAGUCAGAGGCCAGUGGCAUCCGAUCAAAGGAGCGGUGCCGCUGACCAAUUUGGAAUUGGUCCGCUUCGCAAUCAUGGUGCAUAGAUGCAGCCAGGUUGUCCACAUGGAUUCAGAGUCCUGGACCCAUUUGCUCAAAACUGUGAGCACAACUAUAAAAAGCGUCUCUUUUAAAGAACCCAGUCCGGAGUUCCUGCAUGAAGCUGUCCACUCUGUCAAUUCCAUUCUGUUGACUGAAUCCUACUACAACAUGGAGAUCCCACCUUACUUUGUGUCGCAGUUUCCAGAUCAGGCCACAUUACUGCUGGCCGUUGGGGCCUUGAGUCAGAUAAUCCUCCAUCCUGAUCUGAGUCCUGUCACCCCCAUUCUGUGCACAUUUCAGAACAACAUUUGGGCUCUCAACUGGUUCUGGAACAGGCUGUUGUCCAAAAAGCAUCGAAUCGGCCUUGUCAAGAAGAUCUAUCAGGAGCUGGAAAAUUGUUGGGUAGAGGAUACCUUAAUGUGUCUUCAGUCCACCAGAAAAGUUCUGUUUCCUGCUGCGGAGAACUGGGACCUCAAUUUGCAGCUGGGAGAUCUCCUGCCUCUCCUCCUCUGCGUGGAGGGCCAGUUAACCCCGGCAAUGCUGAGCUUCUACCCAUCUGAGAAGGGUGCCCUCUCGAACCUCAGACCCCACGUCUUUGAGGUCUACAUGAAUAUGUUCAGCACCUGCACUGCCCCGAAGCUGACCGUCAGCCAGACGGGGGAGCUCUGCUUUUUUAACAAGCUCUGGGGGCCUAUCGCAGGUGUGCAUCCAGUAGGAGGUUUACAGCUGCUCAGCUUUGUACUCCUUGUCCAUAGAUGCAACCUGGUCAUCUACACUAAUUCCGAUUGUUGGAUCAGCCUGCUCAUGCUCGUCGGCGGAGCCCACAAAAGCAUCCCAAAACCAAGUGAAGUCUUCUUGCGUGAAGCUGUACAGCUUGUGAACAGUAUCCUGCAGAAUUGCUCCAGCCGCAACAUGAACAUCUCAGGGAAAUUCCCCACGCUUGACGUUGAUCAAUCCAAGUUGCUGCUGCUCACUGGCGCUUUGAGAGAGAUCAUCCUCCAUCCUCUACUCAGUCCAGUCAUCCCCAUUCUGAACACCUUCCAAAGUAACAUGUGGGCACUCUGCUGGUUCUGGAAUACGUGCGAUGACAAACUCCACAACGCCAUCAUGCAGAAGAUCUAUCGGGAGCUGGGAGAGACCUCAGUGGACCCAACCAAUGCUCUUCACUCCAUUAGACACCUUCUGGAUCCUCAAGCCAGACUCUGGCACCAGUAAGUCGUGAAGCUUGGCACAGCUGCAGACGCUGCGUUUUAGCAGGAAACGCCUGUAGCCCCCCCACCCCCUUUCCUCUGCCUGUGUACUCAUGGCCCAUCUUGGUAAGCUCCGCCCCUUUUUUUUCUCCAUCUCCUGACGACUACCUGCCAUCUGUCAAGUUUUCUUUUAUCAGCUGCUUGAUGUGGGGGGGAGAUGCAGUUUUCAAAAGCUUUGAAACCCCUCCCACUUUUUGGCUAAAACUUGAACUGCCAAUCAAAUGGCUUGAUGCGGUGACUGUAAAAAAUAUAUUUUUGUUAUGAUUAUA